AUGCGGAUUCGUGGGCUUAUCUCCCCCGCGGAGGGACUCUUGACGGCUGUGCUGGGGAACCUGCCGCCCAGCCAUGUCCGCUCUCGGGCGAGACGGCUGCUGGAUCGCGUUGCCAUAUUUAACAUGAAUGAGAAGGCAAUCAUGGUAAGUGCCUUGUGCUCGAGUACUGCCCGGAAUGGAAACUCUAGGGGUAGGAGCAUACUCCCCCACGUAGUAGGCGCGAGUAGAGAGAAUUUGGCGGUUGAAGGGAUCGCCAGGCCUAGACUGCCAGUCCUUUGAGUUGGUAGGGUCAAUGAUGCCGAGGAGGGGGAGGAGGAAGCAGAAGCAGACGACGAGGAAAUAGAGGGGGAAGAGGAGAGAUUUGUGGCCUCGAAUCGUAAAACAAAUGCAGCCCAAUUAAACAACAUAACAGAGAAGCUUCGGGUAAAACGCAGGAUAUGGCAUUGCCACCAUACCGCCCCCUUUCCGAAACGCCAGAGGUCAUAUACACAAACACCGCCCCCCCCUUUACCGCCAGCGCUAGGACAGAGUCAUGUUCCUCCCCCUGCUCAGGGACUCCAGCCUGGAAAGUAG